CAGGCACAAAAAAGCCCUUGGGACACUCAAUCGAAGGCGACGGACGGGAGUCGCUGGCCAAUCACAGCGCGCCCGAUCGGAGCUUCACAUUCAAACCUCAUCUUCUCAACUUUCGCUCUUUUGCCUCCGCUGACAGCAAAUUCCCGCUCAAUCUCCUCUGAACAUGGCUGACCGAAAGUCAAGGUUCUCGCAGUCGACCCUCAUCGACACCACCCCCCUCCCAGAGAGCAUUCCAAAGGUCGACGAGAUAGGAGCUUCGUCUGCGCCGCUCCUUUCUGCCGCAUACUUUAUUGGCGCUCGUUGCCAGCCCUUCAAUGAUGAUUUCAUGAAGUGCAAGGCCGAGGCCAAUGGCAAGGGCGAGAUUGAGUGCCUUAAGGAGGGCCGCAAGGUCACCCGUUGUGCCCAAAGUCUGUUGACAGACAUAAACAAGCAUUGUCUGGAGGAAUUUAGGCGGCAUUGGGACUGCUUGGAGAACAAUAACCACCAACUAUGGCAGUGUCGUGCUGCAGAAAGGCCGCUCAAUCAAUGCGUUUUUGCGAACCUGAAACUCGAAAAGACGAUUCCAGGUACACCCGAAGGUAGCAUACCCGUCCACCUUCGCGAUAGACAGAUUUUCGCCAACCCAGGUGGCCUUGGUUUCCUAAGCGGAGGCAGCCCCACCGCAGGAGCGCCGCCUAAGCAGUUCAAGUCGAGCUCCAGCACCCAGCCCGCAUAGACGACAGAUGAACGGUGAUCAGUGAAAGCAAGAUUUAUGUACAUAGUAUCGAUAUCUUGCGACGGAUUUCGCCUUUGCGGUAACCAAUGUACGGCAUGCUGCGGUCAAUUGAAACCAAGGUCUGCGCUCACCUACUUGGCUUGUCCUUGACUUGGUUCAUUUCGUCUUCUCCUUUGUCCUAUUUACAUGUUACGCUCCUGACCAUUUUCCAUUUUGCAAGCUUUGGUUUGCCUGUCCAUUCUUAGACAAAGAGCUUGGCUGCACGUUUGCGAAGGAAACUGUCUCGAUCGCCCUAUGACUAAGGCUCCUUUAUCCGCAGAAGCACGAAAGAAUAGAAGACUUGAAUGACCAAGGCGAUUGCUAAUCUGUUGACGGCUUUGUCGUCGUUGCUGGUCGUGACUCGUAGUUCGUCAUGCAACUGUAUAAGUCAACCUCAUCUUCGCUGAUCUCAGAAAAAUUAAUUGUCAUCAACCGCGCGUGGAAGUGCGGACGAACUAAUUCCAAUUUUUUGGUGCAGAAAUCGUGGAUGUACUUUCAUUAUCUCGUUCCUCAAUAAAAC